GCUGCUGCUGGAGGUCGAGGGGAUGGAGGAGCCGGUCUCAGUGCUGUGCGUGGUCGACAAGAAGCUGAUGCGGAUCUUCACGGACCCUCCCGCCUUCUCCAACCAGCUCAGCACCCUCAACCUCCAAGGCAUGUCGGUCUGUGUGGCCGGGAACAACCCUCUUGCUAUCCAGCUCAACGGGGACGCGGCGGGAGAGGAGCAGUCAGAGGCCGUGAGGCUGCUGAUGCCAAGCAUCAGUCAAAGGGACGUGUGGCUGAAAAUUCUCUUGGAGAACGGCGCUCGGCACUGCCGCCCCAACAAGAGCGUCGGCGUCCGCAAGGAGUUUUACUUCAUUGGGAUUAUCUUCAUUAUCGCUUCCAUGAUCUUAAUUGAUCUUGUCAUGUAACCUUCUGUAUGUACAAUACAUAGAUUUAGAACU